CGUGCGGCUGACGCAAUGCUCUCAGACCAGCGGCGGCUCAUGUGGUCAGCGGGCAAUGUGACUUUUUAACUACUGCCACACUUUCUCUUCACACUUUGUACGGAGAUGACUGACUGGCUGUGUCAACGUGAGUCAGCUGGUUAAUGCAGCAAGAACUCGAUCUUGCAACUUAUUUUUGAUGAACCGACUAAAGUUAGACAAAUGGCUCCUAAAAGAAAAUGUAGGAGUGGCGCUGAAGGGCAGAAAAAGAGAAAAUUGGAGAUGGAAAAAAAGCACACAGGAUAAAGGGGCAUUAUUGAAAUAUUUUGGAGCAACCUCCGCGGCACCAGGACAAUCUACCUCGUCAGCUGACAUGACUGCUGCUGAGGGAACAUCGUCAGAGACUUCAGGGGCAUCUACGCCCUCCGCUGACGAGACUGCAGCUGCAGAGGUCAUAACAGAGAUUUUGACCCAAAAUGGCAGAGGGUUUCACCCUGUUGCUGUCUGGGAUGCUGAUGUGUGGUCUGCUGCUCCACAUGGUGUCCCAACAUGGAGCCGGUGUUGAAAAGCCUAGUAAGAAGCCCAAUUUCAUCAUUAUACUGGCAGAUGAUAUAGGCUGGGGUGACCUGGAUGCUAACCAGCCUGAAGAGAAGGGUAACAACACACCUUACCUCAACCUGAUGGCCGAGCAAGGACUAAGAUUGACAGACUUCCAUUCUCCUGCCUCAACGUGUUCCCCAUCCCGUGCUGCCAUCCUGACAGGCCGCUAUGGCCUAAGAAAUGGGGUGACUCAUAACUUUGCUGUGGGCUCUGUGGCCGGUCUACCUCUGUCUGAAGUCACCUUGCCACAGCUACUGCAGAAGGUGGGAUAUUACACCGCUAUGAUCGGGAAAUGGCAUCUCGGCCACAAUGGACCAUAUGGGCCAACUAACAGAGGUUUUGACUACUACUUAGGUAUUCCUUACAGUAACGACAUGGGCUGUACUGACGUACCUGGAUAUAAUUUGCCACAUUGCCUUCCCUGUGACUCAUCAGGAACUGAAGUGAUCAGACUGAAGAGAAGUGUACAUGGAGGCUGUUAUUCCAAAGUGGGCCUUCCUCUGGUUGAAAACAGCAGUAUUGUGGAGCAGCCGCUUGACCUGUGGACACUAACAGAACAAUACAAAUCCGCUGCAACCAGGAUUAUACGCAAUGCAAGGGAGCGGAGACAGCCCUAUCUUCUCUACAUAGCGUUGGCUCACAUGCAUGUUCCCCUGGCCCCUUCGCUCCCUCCAGAUGCUUCUGCUACGACCUGUCGCACAGCUGACGGCAAAGUAUACACUGCCAGCCUGCAAGAGAUGGACAGCCUGGUGGGGGCGGUAAAGAGCGCUUCUGAUGACACAGACAAAGACAAUACUCUUAUCUGGUUCACUGGUGACAACGGUCCUUGGGAACAGAAGUGCCAGUACGCAGGAAGGGUAGGGCCUUUCGUGGGAAAGUGGCAGACCAGCAGAGGUGGAGGCUCAGCUAAGCGGACCACCUGGGAGGGAGGUCACAGGGUGCCAACAGUAGCUUAUUGGCCCGGGAGGAUCCCUGCAAACACCACCAGCUUUGCCCUGCUCAGUGGUAUGGACAUCUUCCCAACCCUUCUGUCCCUGGCAGGGGUAACUCCCCCCUCAGACAGACGAUAUGAUGGCAUUGACACCACAAAUAUCCUCCUGCAUGGUGAACAGACUGGUCAUGAGUUUCUCUUCCACCCUAACAGUGGUGCUGCAGGGAAGUUUGGUGACCUGCAGACAGUUCGAACAGGGAAACACAAAGCUUUCUACAUCACAGGUGCAGCUGAGGCAUGUGGUGGUGCAGCAGGAAGGCAGCAGCUCCAUGACCUGCCACUGAUAUUUGAUCUGGAGCGUGACGAGGCUGAGGAAACGCCCCUAGAGGUCGAGACAUCUGAAUACCAGGCGGUAGCAGAGAGCAUUGCACGCAGGAGGGAGGAGUUAUUAUGGGACAUUGCCACUGACAAGUCUGUGUCCACAGCAGACUACAGCACAGAUGAAUCAGCAGCGCCCUGCUGUGACCCUAGCCAGGCUGUUUGCCGCUGCCACCCGCUGGGCUGAGGGUGGGAAAUCACCCACACAAACACUCACAUAACAGGCUGCAAGAGAAGCACGCAGAUGUAAGCAAACAGAUGUGGAGACAAAUAUCUCCUUUCGAUGUGCUCAGCUGUUUGUAGAAUGUGUUGUUUGGGAGGUUCAAUGUCCAGAUGGAGAUGCGCAAACAAGCAGAGAGAGCAAAGAGAUGCAGGCGGCUGAACUUUGGCCAGCUGGUAUUGUGAGGUCAAUAAUUUGGAGAAAAUAAGAUCAAUCAGACAGUAAAGACAUGCUACAAUUUAUCAAUCAAUUUGUUGCAGUGUAAUUCAACAUAUGAAAGUUUCAGGAAAUAAACCUGAACCUCUAAAAUGUGUAAAACUUAGCUUUAUUAUUUUGUUGUAUAUUUGAUGAGAUUUAAUACAGGAUUUAAACAUCAGCAAUGUAAAUUGUUUGUUGGGUUUUUUUAAAUCAAAACUACAACAUGCAGAGGUUGAAUCACUUUUCAGCUUUAAUGAGUCUCGGGUGUAGAUGUCCAGUAUCAAUGCAGCGUAAGGGUGUCCUAACAGUGCCACCUUUUGGCAAAUCAAAUGGUAUUACCAUGUUACUUAUUACAACAGUACUAUAUAUAAAUGUUAUAUAUACAUUAUACACACAGUAAAAAUCCUCAAUAUAUAUUUACGCACGGUAAGCCUAUGCGUUGAUGUGUAAUACUUAAAACAUUUAACAAAAGAAUAUUCAAUGCAUCUAAGUUAAAAUGACUGACUUACAUGUUAACAUACUGUAUUCAGCAUCAUGUAGUAAAUAAAAAGGGCUUCAGGAUAUCAA